AAAACAACUUUGAAGAUCUCUCUUGCGGGUGGGUGUGGGUGGGUAUGUGGCCUCCACUUUUUCACCAGAGGCGAGGACAACAGGAAUUAACCCCGCUUCUCAUCGCGGAUCAUCCAGGCACCACCCCUGUUUUAGUUACUCAGACAGCACCGUUGCAGCUUCGGGUUAGACAGACUAUUUUGGGAACUCUUGACUACUUUCUGGACACCCUCGCUGCACCAAGUGAUAGAAAUGAAAGAUGAUUGAUUUUGAUGAAUGGAUUUCUGGGAAAUAUAGACAAAUGGAAGAAGGACCCCUCCCUCUGUUGACUUUUGCUACAGCCCCCUACUAUGACCAGAAACCAGGACCCAGUGGACUACAGAAGAAAACCUACUGUUUCGAGGAAAAACCAUGCUAUCUGGAGAAUUUCAUCCAGAGUCUAUUCUUUUCUAUAGACCUAAAAGAUCGCCAGGGAUCCUCACUGGUGGUUGGUGGAGAUGGGCGGUAUUUUAAUAAAUCGGCAAUAGAAACAAUAGUGCAGAUGGCAGCUGCCAAUGGGAUUGGUCGCUUGGUUAUUGGACAGAAUGGAAUCCUUUCCACCCCUGCAGUGUCCUGCAUUAUUAGGAAGAUCAAAGCCAUUGGUGGGAUCAUUUUGACAGCCAGUCACAACCCAGGAGGGCCCAAUGGAGAUUUUGGAAUCAAAUUCAACAUUUCCAAUGGAGGUCCUGCUCCAGAAGCUAUCACUGAUAAGAUUUUCCAAAUUAGCAAGACAAUUGAAGAAUAUGCAAUUUGUCCUGACCUGAAAGUAGACCUUGGAGUUCUGGGAAAGCAGCAGUUUGACCUAGAAAAUAAGUUCAAACCCUUCACAGUGGAAAUCGUGGAUUCAGUGGAAGCUUAUGCUACAAUGCUGAGAAACAUCUUUGAUUUCAGUGCACUGAAAGAACUGCUUUCUGGUCCAAACCGACUAAAGAUCCGUAUAGAUGCCAUGCAUGGAGUUGUGGGGCCGUAUGUAAAGAAGAUCCUCUGUGAAGAACUUGGUGCCCCUGCAAACUCAGCAGUUAACUGUGUUCCUCUGGAGGACUUUGGAGGCCACCAUCCUGACCCCAACCUCACCUAUGCAGCUGAUCUAGUGGAGACCAUGAAGACAGGAGAGCAUGACUUCGGGGCCGCCUUUGAUGGAGAUGGGGAUCGAAACAUGAUUCUGGGCAAGCAUGGAUUCUUUGUGAACCCUUCAGACUCCGUGGCUGUCAUUGCUGCCAACAUCUUCAGCAUUCCAUACUUCCAGCAAACUGGAGUCCGUGGCUUUGCACGCAGCAUGCCCACCAGUGGUGCUCUGGACCGGGUGGCUAAUGCUACAAAGAUUGCUUUGUAUGAAACCCCAACUGGCUGGAAGUUUUUUGGGAAUUUGAUGGAUGCAAGCAAACUGUCUCUUUGUGGGGAGGAGAGCUUCGGAACUGGUUCUGACCACAUCCGUGAGAAAGAUGGGCUAUGGGCUGUUCUAGCUUGGCUUUCUAUUCUAGCCACCCGUAAGCAGAGUGUGGAGGAUAUUCUCAAAGAUCACUGGCAAAAGUAUGGCCGUAAUUUCUUCACUAGGUAUGAUUAUGAGGAGGUGGAAGCUGAGGGGGCAAACAAAAUGAUGAAGGACUUGGAGGCCCUGAUAUCGGAUCGCUCCUUUGUGGGGAAACAGUUCUCCGUUGGCGACAAAGUUUAUACUGUGGAGAAAAUCGAUAACUUUGAAUACAGUGAUCCAGUGGAUGGAAGCGUUUCGAAAAAUCAGGGUUUGCGGCUCAUUUUUGCAGAUGGUUCUCGCAUUAUCUUUCGGUUGAGUGGCACUGGGAGUGCCGGGGCCACCAUCCGAUUGUACAUCGACAGCUAUGAGAAGGACAUUGCCAAGAUCUACCAGGACCCUCAGGUCAUGUUGGCUCCCCUCAUUUCCAUUGCUCUGAAGGUGUCCCAGCUCCAGGAGAGGACAGGACGCACUGCACCCACUGUUAUAACCUAAGACCAGCCAGAUGCUGUACGUCCCUCUACCCUAGGGCCUUCGGGUCAUCUGAUUGAAGAGCGUGGACAGAAAAAAGUGUCUUCACCCAGGCUUUUUAGGAUUUGGUUUUGCACUAACCAGAUGUUGAUGAAUGCCACAUUAAUGGGGUCCUUCUUGUUGACAUGACCAUGGCAAACGAGGGGAAGAGAGGAGGACCGAAGGGUUUAUGCUGACAUCAGGCCCUUUUCAUGUACUUCUGCUGUGUGGGUAUUUGUGUCGUUAGCACUAGUGUUUGUUUACACUACAAUGUUAGAAGGACAUUAGCUUAUGAGGCCAUUUUUUAUCCUUGGGAUGUCCCAAUGAAAUGACAAAUUCCUUUCUCCUUGGUAAAUCUUCCCCCUGUUUAUUGUUUACAUGUACUCUAGCAAAAUGCAAUUUCUGGUGCCUUCUCUCCAAUCAGUUUUUUCCUCAGAGUGAGACGUACUUGUCUAAAGAUUUCUGCCUUGUUUUGCAAGGGUCCCAUUCACGCAGAUAUUUUGGGAUAUUAAAGCAAAAUAAGCUACUA